AUGGCUAGUGCUCGUGGUCUCAGGAGCUUUAAGAACGCUUCGAGGCGAGCUGAGGAAGCCUCACACAGAGUCGGGCAAGCUGCAUGGGGGAACGGGAUGGGAAUUAGGGGCCCCGCGGUUGUUCUUCCGCGUGCUGUCGCCUUAACCCAUUCGCAGUCUGCAGCCUCGCGUCUUCGUGUUGCAAUUCUUCCUGCUGCUGCCGCCAGCGGAUCCUACACUCCAUGUUUGCACGGGCAAGCUGCAGAACGGCCUGCUGCGAAGGGCCCUUGUGUGACUCCCAGCCGCUUGCCUCUCCCGAGCAGCAGCAGCAACGUCGGCAUACGCUUGUGGAGAACGUGCAGCAACGAGGACGGGCAGAACUGGAGCAGACUGUGUGCAGUGCCUUUGAGGGGAGGGGGCAGAGGCGCGGGCUUUUCGUGGGAAGAGACGGCAGAUCAGAUGCGUGUUCAGCUGCUUCUGGAUCCGUCUGUCACACCCGCCGACGUCGUGUUUACCCUAGAGGGCCGAAGACUGCGUGUGUGUUUGAAGGGCUUUCAGCCGCUGCUGGAGGGCACCCUCAAGGGCCGUGUGGACAGUUCCCAGUGCCUGUGGUUCUUGGAGCCGUACAGGGCACCUUGCGAGCAGCAGCAGCAGGAUUCUUACCAGCCGUACGGACAGCAGACGGGGGAACUGACGGCCAAACAGCUGACGAUCGUGCUGGAAAAGCACAGAAGCAGAGGCUUCAGUCCUGUGGCGGAAGGCGGGGGAGCCCAUUGGGGAGCCCUCUUUGAAGAAACCGCAGCGGCAGAAGCGGCAGGCGCUGUGUAUGACCCUCUUCCUCGAAGUGGACAGCCUCAGAAAAAUCCCUUCGCCGACCAAAGGUUCGCUCGCUUGCCGUUCAGAAAGCGCAGUCUGCUUCCAGGUUUGGCUGGUGGCUACAAAAGGGCACCUGAAGAGAUCGGGGGCUUUGCGUUGAGGCUGCAGCACAGAGAUCAUGGGGCACCAGGGGCCGUUCUCGCGGAGUUUGUGAUUCCCCAAGCGUUGCUGGGAGCGUCUUUUGUUCCCCCUGCCAGGGAGACGAUCACGGAUGAACAGCAGCGCGAGUGGGAAGAGCAACUGCUGAAGCACGCCCUUGGCCUUCUGGAUGUGUGGGCUAAUGCACGAGAUCCUCAUUUGGUGCAGCCCUUUGCGGCGGAUUCUCCGGGAAUGCGUCACGGCCUUUUUGAGGCCUUUGGGUGUCCAGACACCCUAGUGCACCUGCAGGUAGAGCCCCUGCCCGACGGGGUGUUGCUGCUCUUCAUGCCGCCGCUCGAGUUCGAGGGGUGCGGAGGCGGCGCGAAGAGUUCGAGUGGGCAGCAGCAGGUGCAGGAGGCUUGCUGGCCUCUGGAAGAAGGCAUUGAGCUGCGUUUGACUUUUGGGGGUUUGCGAGCAGCAGCAGCCUUGCAGCAGCAGCGGGUGCCUCAGCAGCAGCUGCACGUUGUUGCCCUUCGCCGCUCUGCUGGAGCCGAGGCGCUGCACAGGUAUGGGCCUGAAGUGUCUCGACACCUGCACGAAGCGGAGGAACGCAUAGUCGGGAAGCUGCAGCAAGAUAUGGCGGCUGCGGCUGCAGCUGCGGCAGCCUCCGGGAGCGGUCUGCAGCAAGAAAACACGCAGGGGGGGGCUCAGCAGCAGCAGCAGCUGCUGCUGUACGACAAGGACGCUAGACAAAAUCUCAUCCGGAUGGAGCAGGUAAGGCUGAACUCGCCUCCACCAGGCCUUUCCCAGCGAGGCUUAUCCGAUUUGGGGGGGCCAGAGAAUGAUGACGUGCGUGUCGUAAACGCUUUUCCGGCCUUAAACACCGCGCAAUCGCCGCAUGACAAAGAGGCCACGCAACAGCAACAGCAGCAGCAGCAGCAGCAGCAGCAGCAGCAGCGUCCCCCCCGCAGCAGGAAGGGCGAGCCCAGCAGCAGCAACAACAACACAAGCAGCAGCAGCAACAACAACACAAGCAGCAGCAGCAACAACAACACAAGCAGCAGCAGCAACAACACAAGCAGCAGCAGCAACAACACAAAGACCUCCGAAGAUGCUGCAGCUCUGCGAAAGAAGCUGGGCAUUGAACUGCUCGAUUUGGAGUCUAAAGAUGCCGCUGUUCCCUCAUUUAUGACCACGUGGACGCCAGAGCGUCGACGUGCCUUCCAAGAAGACACUGCCCAUGCGGUGGCUUGCCGGCUGCAGGAGGCGUCUUCGGCUCCUCCGCAGCUGCAGUUCACGGAUAUUGAGGCCCUUCUUCGGCAGCAGCUCAACUGCACGGAGGAGGAAUUCAGGGAGGCGUGGCAGGAGGGCUAUGAUCGCUGCGAGCAGUACAGGCCUUUGACGCAGGAUACGCAGCUCGAAGGGCAGCUGCUGCAGCGCAAGCAGGGGCUUGUUGGGGUGGAAGAGCAGCAAAAGGCUGUCCUCUACGUGCAGCAGUUCGACGAGCGGCUGAACAGCGGUCCCGAGACACGAGCGAUCGAUACCUAUGAGGCAGCUGCGGCAGCGGCUGCUGCAGCUGCAGACGAUCCAGCUGCGGCAGCGUUGCAUGCAGAGGAAGGCGAUGACAGCACCGACGCUGGCAUCAAGACGCGUUCCCCACAUAUUGAUCCCUUUGCAGGCCCCUCGGCGGAUCUUGCUCCGCCCCACACGAUGCACGAGGUUCCUGCCUUCGAAGAAGUGCCAAGACACCGGCGCUAUCUUCUGAUGAAUCCUCAGGAGCGGUCACAAGUUCGCCAGGAGAUUCAGAAAGACAUCUGGCGAUUCGACGUGCUGCUGUCGGAGCUUGAAAGAGAAAAGGAUCGCAGCCAGUGGCUUCUCAUCUGCGAGCAGUACAAAGACUUGUUGCUGGCAGAAUCCUACUUCUUGCUGCUGACGAUCCGCCUGCUCGAAGCGCCGCGUCAGCCUCCUGAGAGCGUGGCGGCUUCCAGUACAGCGGCUGCUGCCACAUAUGUUGGUCUGCCGACAGCAGCGACGGAGAUUAGCGAGAGAGGAGACAGGCAAACGAAGGAGGCUUGGUCGGCAGAGGAACGGGAACGUCUUCGCUUCAUAAAUCGAUUCGUGCAUUCGCUUUAUGAGGACUUGGGGGCACUCCUACAAGCCAAUGCGGCAACACAACUCAAGAAGAUCAAGCUGCUUUGCAUGCAAGCAGUACAGGAUAUGUCGAAGCUCAACGAAUAUGACGUGCUGGAUCUUGGAUUCAUUCUGACACAGCCUCAGCCUGAUGUGCGGCGUCGCUGUCUGGAGCUGUGGAUCGCACAGCUUCCCAAAUGUGACUGGCGGCAAUUCAAGCUUCUUGGCUUGCGACUUGCAGAGCGAUUUACCUCGGGGGCGUACAGCGGAGCUGCAGUGUCUGCAUACCCCUGGCUGCCUGCCGCUGCGCGGCAGCUGGCGAAGGAUCUGGAGCAGCUGCUGCCCGACUGGCUCAUAGAAGGGAUGCUCUCUGACUUCGAUAGGCAUGUAAUGCAGAAGCAGCUCGCCCAGCGUCCUUUCCUCUUCGGCUCUAUGGCACCUCCUAAACCGCCACCUGAGGGGUCCCCCGAAUCUCUCUAUGCAGAUGUGGGCAAGCGUCUUCGAAAGGAAGUAGAGGAUGCGGCGAUGGCCUUUUCCCAGGCACCGACUAUUCACGAGAGGACAGGCGAAGUCCUUACCUAA